CGGUCGGUGUCACACUCGAUAUGCUCACAAUCGAAGAGAAGGUUAAGGUUAAGACCGACUGAUUAAGAAGAUUCGCGAAAUCGUCCGUCUGUGAUUCAUCUGUGCUCAUCUUCUUCUGGGAAUCAUGGAUCCCGGCGUUCUUUCGCGGCUGAUCCCGCAAAGCAAGGAACAGGUGAGACCAGCCUGUAAGAAAUGCGGCUACGCCGGGCACUUAACCUAUCAGUGUCGCAAUUUCAUCAAGAUCGACCCCAACAAGGAGAUCGUGCUGGACGUGAGCAGCACGAGUUCGGACAGCGACGAGAAUUACGUCACCCCGUUGACGGAGCUGCGGGAGCGCGAGUUGCGGAAAAAGCUGCGAGUGGCGAGGAAAAAACGGCGGGAAAAGAAGGUCAGGAAGAAGCGUAAAAGGAAACGCGAGAGCUCGGAGAGUAGCGAGUCCUCAUCGUCGUCGUCCAGCGAGGAGGACAAGAAGCACAAGAAGGGAAAGAAGAGGAAAAAGAAGAGUUCUAAAAGCAAGAAACGCAAGAAGCACAAGCGGCACGACGAUGACAAUUCGUCUGAUGGGAGCGAGGCAAAAGAUUAUCCUAAAAGGAGAUUAAAACGAUAAUGUUGUCGCCUUUUGCUGUGUCAAGUGUAAGCAGAAACAUUUCUACUUCAACCCCUGUGAGUCAGAUAAAAUUGAGUCGAUUGAGAGUAAUGGAUAACAGCGAAGCAAGCUAUGAUGGAGGGUAGACCAUCAUACACAUAUGUAACAAAUGCAGAAUGGAAUACAUCGGUGAUAGAAUUUUAAUUGCUAUAAGAGAUGAAAAGAAAAAGGAUAUAUUGAUUGAAUUGAAACAGCAACAAUUUCUUAAAGUUUCCAAAUUUGAUAGCAACAAUCUGAUACUCAUAGACGACAAUGGCACACCUCUAGGUACAAGAAUACAGGUGUCUAUUCUACACAUAUUCCAAAAAUGAAAGAACAGACUCACAGCAAAGGAGAUU